GCAGUGCGCGCGGUCGGGGGCGGAGAGGCGGUGGAAGAGGCGGGGGCGGCGGAGUAGGAGACCGCGGCGGGCUCCGGGUUGAAGAAGCGUUGCGCAGUGCCGAGCCCGCCGCACGCCGCGGAGCCAUGGAGAUAGGCACCGAGAUCAGUCGCAAGAUCCGGAGUGCCAUUAAGGGGAAAUUGCAAGAAUUAGGAGCUUAUGUUGAUGAAGAACUUCCUGAUUACAUUAUGGUGAUGGUGGCCAACAAGAAGAGUCAGGACCAAAUGACAGAGGACCUGUCCCUGUUUCUAGGGAACAACACAAUUCGAUUCACCGUAUGGCUUCAUGGUGUAUUAGAUAAACUUCGCUCUGUUACAACUGAACCUUCUAGUCUGAAAUCUUCUGACACAAACAUCUUCGAAAGUAACGUGCCUUCAAAUAAGAGCAGUUUCAAUCGGGGAGAUGAGAGAAGGCAUGAAGCAGCAGUGCCACCUCUUGCUAUAUCUAGUACUAGACCUGAAAAAAGAGAUUCCAGAGUUUCUACAAGUUCACAGGAGCAGAAAGCCAGUAACGUCAGACAGACUUAUGAUGAUGGAGCUGCAACCCGACUGAUGUCAACAGUGAAACCAUUGAGGGAACCAGCACCCUCUGAAGAUGUGAUUGAUAUUAAGCCAGAACCAGAUGAUCUCAUUGAUGAAGACCUCAAUUUUGUGCAGGAGAAUACCUUAUCUCAGAAAAAACCCACAGUAACACUUACAUAUGGUUCUUCUCGGCCUUCUAUUGAAAUUUAUCGACCACCUGCAAGUCGAAAUGCAGAUAAUGGUGCUCAUUUAAACAGAUUGCAAUUUCAACAGCAGCAAAACAGUAUUCAUGCUGCCAAGCAACUUGAUAUACAGAAGAGCCGGGUAUAUGAAACAGGACAUUUAUGUGAACCGGAAGUGCUCAGCAGCUUGGAGGAGACUUACAGUCCCUUUUUCAGAAGCAAUUCAGAAAAAAUGAGUAUUGAGGAUGAAAACUUUCGGAAGAGAAAGUUGCCUGUGAUAAGUUCAGUUGUUAAAGUAAAAAAAUUCAAUCAUGCUGGAGAAGAGGAGGAGGAAGAUGAUGAUUAUGGCUCCCGAACAGGAAGCGUUUCCAGCAGUGUGUCAGUGCCAGCAAAGCCUGAAAGGAGACCUUCUCUUCCCCCUUCUAAACAAGCUAACAAGAACCUAAUUUUGAAGGCUAUUUCUGAAGCUCAAGAAUCAGUGACAAAAACAACUAACUAUUCUACAGUUCCACAGAAACAGACACUACCAGUUGCUCCUCGAACUCGAACUUCUCAAGAAGAAUUGCUAGCAGAAGUGGUUCAGGGGCAAAGCAGGAACCCCAGGACAAGUCCCCCCAGCAAAGAGGAGGAAACAAAAGGAGACAAUGUAGAAAAAAAUCAAGGAACUCAACAGAGGCAAUUAUUAUCCCGACUGCAGAUUGACCCAGUAAUGGCAGAAACUCUGCAGCUCAGUCAAGAUUACUAUGACAUGGAAUCCAUGGUCCAUGCAGACACAAGAUCAUUUAUUCUGAAGAAGCCAAAGCUGUCUGAGGAAAUAGUAGUGGCACCAAACCAAGAGUCGGGGAUGAAGACUGCAGAUACCCUUCGGGUUCUUUCAGGACACCUUAUGCAGACACGAGAUCUUGUACAACCAGAUAAACCUGCAAGUCCCAAGUUUAUAGUGACGCUGGAUGGUGUCCCCAGCCCCCCAGGAUACAUGUCAGAUCAAGAGGAGGACAUGUGCUUUGAAGGAAUGAAACCCGUAAACCAAACUGCAGCCUCAAGCCAGGGACUCAGAGGUCUGCUCCACCCUCAGCAGUUGCAGUUGAUGAGCAGGCAGCUUGAUGACCCAGAUGGUAGCUUUGCCAACGCUGAGAUGAGUGAACUGAAUGUGGCGCAGAAACCAGAGAAGCUAUUGGAGCGCUGCAAGUAUUGGCCUGCCUGUAAGAAUGGGGAGGAGUGCGCUUACCAUCACCCUGUUUCACCUUGCAAAGCCUUCCCCAAUUGUAAAUUUGCUGAAAAAUGUUUGUUUGUUCAUCCAAAUUGUAAAUACGAUGCAAAGUGUACUAAACCAGACUGUCCCUUCACUCAUAUGAGUAGGAGAAUUCCAGUACUGCCUCCAAAGCCGGCAGUUACCACACCAGCACCGCCUUCUAGUAGUCAGCUCUGUCGUUACUUCCCGGCUUGCAAGAAAAUGGAAUGUCCCUUCUAUCAUCCCAAACACUGUAGAUUCAAUACUCAGUGUACAAGACCGGACUGCACGUUCUACCAUCCCACCAUUACUGUGCCACCACGACAUGCCUUGAAAUGGGUUCGACCUCAAACCAGUGAAUGACCCAGUCCUACCUGGCAGAAGAUCAUGCAGCUUGAAAGUUUCCAUCUACUGAUAAAAGAUAUCCUACACAACUUGUCAAAUCUUUGAAACUUGGAAUAUAUUGCUUUCAUAAUAUGAAGUUUAUUGCCUAUUUGAAGUGUCUAAUUUUUCAAGUUUGUAAGUUUAUUAAGUGGUUUUAACAUUGGGUGUCUUUUUUUGUUGUUUUGUUUUUACUAUGAAAAGACAGUUAAAGGAAAAGCUAAAUCUAUUAAAACAUUUGCGGCACGUUUAUACACUGCUCUCUCAAGUAUCAGCAUCCGUGUGUGCUGUCACUGUCGGUGGGUCCUGCAGUUCAGGGCUGCAUCGCUUCUGUGUGUCUAGAGAGCUGUAGUGAGAGGUCAAGUUUCUUCAUUUUAAAAGCUGAAUUGCUGCUCUCACUUUCCCAAAGAUUAUUUAAUGUUCAUAAUCCACAAGGAGAACGGGAGUGGCUGAAAGUGAGGUGGCUCGAAAUAAUCAUUUGAUUAUUUUUCAAUUUUUUAAAUAAAUUUAGUUGAGAAAUUUAACAACAGAGGCCCCUCCAGUUGAGUGCCACUUCGAUAAAAUGGUCCCCAGGUCCCCUCCCUUCUGUGAAAAGAUUAGUGUGGUGAGUGAAAAAGAAUUGGAAUAGCAAGUGCAAAAAGAUAGGAACAAGUCCUUAAAAUGACUUCAUUUACUAUUAAUAAAUGCUUUUUUGAAUAAAUUUUUUUGGGAACUACAUUAUCACAAAAUUAUACAAAAUUUUUUACAAGUAUAUACAUUAUCAGAAAACAGACUUGAAACUCACAGGUUUAUAAAUAGACAUAUAUAUUCUCACAUUCUGAAAAAUAACAUUCUCAGAAAUAACUCCACAGAAAAUAUACUUAGUUACUACUGAAGAUAAUUUUGAAAUGUAAAAAUUAGAGUUAAAUAGUAUAUUUUAAAUGACAGAACUAUAUAAUUACAGAUAUCAGAUGGGUAAAGCGCAAAAUAGGACAAAACUUUUGGCCUACUGUAUCGGAGUUUUUUGUGUGUGGUUUUUUAAAUUGUUAAGGCAAGAAGUGUCAAAUGCUUUAGAAUUAAAUAACAAACAGAUCACUGAUUUUAAAGACUUGAUGUAUAGUAGUAUUUUUCAAAAUUAAAGCUUGAAAGGUAGUUAGAAAAGAGCGAAUUAAUAUAAAAGGGGUAGUAAUAAAGACUCAAACGUUCUCAGGACCAAAUUAAACUUUAAAAAAAAAACAACUUGUUUAGUCAUAUACCCAAAGGAUAAUACAUCUAUGAAUGUAAAAGUCCAUGUUUAAGAUCGUAAAGCCAGCAGCGUACUGUUUUGUGGCUAUUGCUUUUCCAUUGAGAAGAGUUAACCGGUCAUUAAACCAUUUGGUGAGUUGCACUUUGCUGUGCUGAUCUGAAAAGUGAAGACUCACAUCACAAGAGGAGCAAAGACAAAGUGCACAGGAGCAUAAAGCUAUUGUGUUAGGCUUGGGUGAAAUGACAGUUCCACGUCAUUCUCAGUGUCUCUGUUGAAUUUAAGGCAUUUUGUUUAUUCCACUACUACUUGAGAUGCUUUGUGUUUCUGCAGAAGAAAUUUGUUUUAAAUUGCUUAAAUUUCUGGAAAUACAAACUUUUAACUAUCUUUUACAAAUGGUAUAUAAUUUUGUUUGUAUAGUUCCACUGUAAAGAACAUAAAUGGAAACAAUGGCUUAUUAAAUGGUUUAGAUCAGCCAUUGUAAGAGGAAGGUAGCAUGUUAACAUCUGGGGUUUUAGCUGUUUUAGCUGUUUAAUAGACACUGCCUGGAAACAUUUAUCUUUCAGUUGUUAUGGUUUAUGGACAAGCUAAGGUUGACCAAGAAACAUUUUUGGGAUAACUUGGUCUGAAAUGACUCACAAAAAAAGGAUCACAAAAACGGAAGGGAAGGAGCACAUUUGGCGAUAUGUGAGCGGUCCCAGAGCACACUGCUCUUUGACGGGUAACAGACAGGACUCGGAGGGGCCAAAAGUCACAGGUUCAGUAGUUUAAAUUCUACAAACAAAAAACAGUUCUCUGGGCUGAAAGAAUAAAUACAGGGCAGAUGGUUUAUGACCUGUCAUGUCUCUUCAUCUUUUCUUAGUUGGUGGCUAGUACAGCAAGGUGGUCAUGUGAUGACUACUUACAGUGACUUGAUCUCAAGUGAUGAAACUGACUACAGCAGUAAUUAAGGCUGGCUUACCAGCUUGGGCACUCUAAG